AUGUUCAAAACAAAGACCUGGUUCCUGACAGCGCUGGUGUUUGGGUGCUUGUUCGAAUUCAUUGGCUACGCUGCUCGAGCUGCUUCCGCGAGCGAAGAGCCGGGCUGCUGGAAACUGAUGCCGUACAUCAUCCAGAACAUGUUUAUCCUCCUGGGCCCUCCGCUGUUUGCGGCCUCCAUAUACAUGAUUCUAGGAAGAAUAAUCCUAUUAACAGAUGGCGAGAUACAUUCGAUCAUCAAGCAGGGCUGGCUUACGAAAACUUUCGUCCUCGGUGAUCUUUUGUGUUUUCUCUUUCAGUCAGGAGGUGGUGGUCUCAUGGCUGGGAGCCGAGACAACCAAUCCAUGACCAACAUCGGGAACGGCAUAAUCAUCGCUGGGCUUGUAUUGCAGCUCUUGUGGUUCGUCUUUUUCGUCAUCGUUGCUGCAACCUUCCACCGGCGUAUGAUACUAGUACCGACUGUAUGUUCUCUGAAGCCGGAGAUUCGAUGGCAAAGUUACCUCCAUACGCUCUACUUUGUCAGCGCCUUGAUAAUGAUCAGAUCUCUGUACCGCGUUGUGGAAUACGCUCAGGGAAAUUCCGGAUAUUUGAUGACAAGCGAGGUGUUUCUCUAUGUUUUAGACAGUCUGCCUAUGUUUAUCGUGGUUGUUUGGCUACUGUGGAAGCACCCCGGAGAAAUCGGGAUGCUUCUAAAGGGACAGGAACCAUUUACCAGCGGCUUUCAGCUUUACAACUACCGCCGGGAUUCCAAGGUUGCAAGAUAUUGGGCGGACGAGCCCGACUUACAAAGUUCAAACGAGCGAUAG